UUCUUAUAAUCACAAUUUAAAAAAAUUAUUAUUCCAAUCUCCAUUACCUUGCAGUUAUCCCUUCAUCGAUCCUAAAAAUCAUAUUAAAAAAAAUUUCCAAACUCAAACAUCCUCCAAUACUUCCAUUACAACUUGUGUCAAUCAUCACCAAUAAUAUCCACCGCAAUAUCCCUUUCAUUGGUUGGUUUCAAUUCAAUCCUCCUCUCGAUAAACCGUAAAUCCGCGUCUCGAAUUUGCCUGUUCUCUCCAAACAAGACAAGAAGAGAACGCGUCUCGAAACAUUGUCACGACCCUAAUAAGCGGCAUCCUUUGAUUUAUCGCUGGAUCGAGGGCGAGCCUCGAGGCAAGAAAUCGCGAUUUGAAAUUCCAAGUUGCACGGUCUAACGCGCUCUCGUUGAUCUCCCCCUCGAUCCACCGCUUGACAGCAAGGAUGAUUUACAACCGUGGCCGGCCACGUACGAAUCGUCCUCCAUCGUGUUUCGCGCACGAGAGAAAUCGCGAUUCGCUCGAAGAAUUCAGCGGUGCCAGUCGAACUGGGGAACUGGUUGGAGAUCGCGACUCGAUUUCCGGGGUUUAUUUGGAAACGUGACUCGAUUCGAAACUGGAAAUUUGUAAUUUAUUAAUUGAUCAGGUCGGUCGGAUUUGCGAUAAGAUCAAGUACAACAUUACAGAAUUAAUAGACACGUUUCGAUCGGGUAUCCGUGGAUCCGUGUCGGAUAGAAGAAAUUUAUGAAGUUGUUGUGAACCAAGGUGGUUGAUUCAAAACUGUUUUGACGACGAGAUUAGGGCUUUCGAUUAGGUAAUUAAAUUAAAUUAUUAGCUCGCGCUUGAGUGGAGGGAUGAAGAUUUUUGUAGCUAGUUUAGUUCAGUUCGAUUUUAAUAAUAUGAUUAUUUUGAUAGCAUUGAAAGGGAUUGGAUAGAUUAGAUUAGAUUGUUGAUUUAUAAAAUGUAUGCUUUGACCACGGGAAAAUUGUUGGUUUAAAAUUAAAUUUUUAAAUAUUCGCGUCGAAAGAAGGGAUAUUUUCUUGUGACGAUCAACUUAAUAUCAUAAAGAUUGCAAGAGAAAAUUACACUUGAGAGGGUGCCCUCUAAGAGCCACGCGCUCGACACACCAAGCUCGAGCCGCGCAUCAAGCGCGCCGCCACGAUUGAGAAAGAAAGAGAGAGAGAGAGAAAGAGAAAGAGAGAGAGAGAAAGAGAGCAUCGAUCCGACUCUCGAUCCAAUCGGUCGCGGUUCUCGCCGAGAGGACUUUCACUGAACGGCGUCCGUUGAUCGGGCGCGGCGAACGAGCGGGCGAAGCGGAAGGCAAGAGAGAAGAGGCGCGAGGUGAAACUCCGUCCCUCUCCGCCUCUGGCCCCGGGUUGACUGACCUCGAUUGCGAAGGAAAGGAGGUGGCGGUGAUCCGCGGGAAGCGAAGAAGGAGCGGGUUAACGGCGGCGACGGGUGGCACGGCGACGACGGCCGCGACAACGACGUGCGCGACGAGGAGUGGCCGAGAAGAAGAAGAGCAAAUUGGUGCUCCCGGUAGCAGGGGCCCAUGAGCGCGAUGGAGGAGAAGUUGCGCGGCGUGACGAAGCGCGGGAGCAGGCACGGUCCCCGCGCAACGGGGCCAGCCGCCUCCGAUUGGCCGGCCGCGCCUGGGUCCGGCGGUGGGGGGAGGGGCCAGGCUGCCCCCUCCAGCUCGCAGCCAGGCGGCUCUGCGCACAACCGCGGUCACGAGAGCCCGAGCAGGCGGCAGUCCUCGCGGGAGAGCGUCGAGCCGACGGGCCAACAGGCCCCACCCGAACACGGCGAGCUCCUUUUCAAGGUGAUGCUACUAGGCGACAGCGGAGUCGGGAAAACCUGUCUUCUGACGCAGUUCAGAGACGGAAGAUUCCUGUCUGGCAACUAUAUAACCACCGUCGGCAUUGAUUUUAGGAACAAAGUGGUCGUUGUUGACGAUACGUCUAUCAAGCUUCAAAUAUGGGACACGGCCGGACAAGAGAGAUUUCGAAGCGUGACGCAUGCCUAUUACAGAGAUGCUCAUGCUCUUUUAUUGCUGUACGACGUGACGAACAAGACGAGUUACGAUAACAUCAGAGCCUGGCUGAGUGAAAUUCGGGAACACGCGAACGAGGAUGUGGUCAUCAUGCUGUUGGGUAACAAGUCGGACUGCGGAACUGAACGAGUGGUGAAGAGGGAAGACGGUGAACGGUUAGCGCAAGAGUACAAAGUUCCCUUUAUGGAAACCUCGGCUAAAACCGGCCUGAACGUUGAAUUGGCCUUCUUGGCAGUUGCUAGAGAAUUGAAGGCGAGGAAAAGCAAUGACCCAGACGAUACGAAAUUCAACGUGCAGGACUACGUUCGUCAACAAUCGCAACGAAAUUCAUGCUUCAAUUCUAAUUGCCUGACUACCUGAACUGCGCAAUAACCCUGCGCGUACAUUUCCCUACGAUAGAUCGAGACGAAUGGUGGAACAUGAACCGGAACUGGUCAUAAAAAUGGCGCGAAACUAUUUUGAUCGUUCAAAUAUUCGUUCUCAUGAUUCAGAGCAGAAAUCGUUGAAACGUUACACAUUUUCAUUUCAUUCACGAAGAAAGAUGUAUUUUUCUGUGAACUUGCACAAUUUAUUUGUUACAAUUUUUUUAUUUAAACAAAUCGAUUUUCGAUAAGAGUUUCGAUAAAAUUAUUGUAUACAAGAGAAGCUAUUUGGAUUGAUAAAAUUAUGCCAAAGAUAUAAAUUUUAAAAUCUCGAAUAAAAAAUUUCAAAAAGAAUGAAAAUACGUUUUUGUUCCACCAGAAAAAUACAUUUGUUGAGAGAUAAAAAAACAAUAUAGACGAAUAGGAUGUCAAUAUUUUUGAAAGAAACCGAUAGCAAACUCUUGUUGAUGAUACGUGUAUAGAAAUCUAUUUAUCGAUGGUUAAUUCUGUACUGUACAUUAAUGUGAAUAGUUAACGCGAAACAAAAAUCUGCAAUAUAUGACAUAGAUUUAGGGAAUCUCUUCAUGGUUCUAAUUUGCACACUGAAUAUGAUCGUUAUGAUGUUAGAAAAAAGUGAAAAAAAAAAGAAGAAAAAGAUUAAAAAAAAUUUUUAAAUAAUUUUAUCUAAUUUGGUAUCGAGAAAUUAAUGAAAUGUUGUAUGAAAGCUCAUCAUGUACCAAGUAGAUAUACGGUUUUAGACUAACCAUUAUGUAGAAGAGCUUUCCCAAAAUAUAGCUGCCAUAUAUACAACAUGGUUUAUUAAAAACGCUCAAUAUUUUGUUGAAAAGCUUAUUUGCGUAGUUUUUAGAUUAUAUGAUUGAAUAUGAUUGAAAUUCAGUUAAAAAUAUAUGUAUAUGUAUUAAGAUAUAUUUGUAAAUCUUUUAAUAUUUAUUUAGACUGAUAAUUGUUUAAAAAAAUUUCGUGUAUUUAUAUUUUAUUUUCAAUUUUUAUCUUCUCUCGCUUUGUUUUGUAAUGUGUGCGUGUAAUCGUGUAGUUUUCAUAACGUUGUAACAUUAGUCACGUGACUAACAUACGUCUGAUUUUUAAGAUUUUCUAUCUAAUGGUGAAUAUAUAUGAAACGAUACAAUAUUUUCGAUUAACUCGAUUUAUAUUUCAAGUUUUUGGAUCUUAUACCUACAAUAUUACUUUUACAAUCGCACAAUGAUCAUUUGCAAUCGAUAUUUCGAAAUUGAUAUAGAAUAUCGAACGUUUGAUUUUAUUCAUUUACGAUUACUAAACAAUUCAUUACGAACACAAGGAAAAAUGGAACGAAAUAUAAUCAUGUAACGUUACCUGCAAUAUAUGUGCAAUGUAUCUUAUCAACGUGUACAAAUGACAAACAGUUACAUGUCAAAUGUAUAUUGAGAAGUAUAUAUAUAUAUAUAAAAUAAACGACCACUCGACCAACUAUAAAA